AUUUUCCCAUUAGGGUUUUACAGUUCUAGUUGCAAAGUUUGCCAUUAUCAGUUUCUCUUAUCCUGUAAGUUUACAUUGCUAAAACCAAUUCUCUCAAUUUUGAACUAAUGUUUCGUUUAGUAUCCAAAUUGCUCAAUAAUCGUAGCAUGAUAGAUUCCACAGCUUGUUAUGUUCGUUAUAUUGGAACCCUAACUUCUGUAGAUUCGGCUACAAGCUCAAAACCCCUAUCUGUAACACUCUCUUACCUCACAAACACAUGUGGAUUGUCACCACAUAGGGCUGCUACAGUUUCCAAGCGCGUCCUUAUUAGGAGCACAGAUAAAGCAGACUUGGUUCUUCAACUGUUAAGAGCUAAUGGGUUUACUAAAACUCAGAUUACUACCAUAAUUUCAAAUGUCCCACAUCUUAUUCUAGCUGAUCCCAAAAAAACCCUUCAACAUAAGAUUGCAUAUUUUGAGUCACUGGGUAUUGCAGGGCCUGAACUGCGUAAUAUCAUGUGUGUACAUACAGGUAUUCUAAAGGUUAGUUUAAAGAAAAGGAUUUUGCCCACUAUUGAUUACCUUAGAGUGUUGCUUAAGACCGAUGAAGAUGCUAUUUUUGUCUUUAAGAGAUUCCCACCUAUCAUAGCAUGUGGUGCAGAGGUUAUAUCGUCUAAUAUAUGCACUUUGCGAGCUCUUGGUGUGCCAGAACCCAGUAUUAGGAGGUUAAUAGUAACGUGGCCUCGAUCACUAAGUUUUAGGGUUGAUAUUUUUGGGGAUGCAAUUCGAGAAGCUAAGGAAUUGGGAUGUGAACCAACAAGCAAGUCCUUUAUAUAUGCUUUGAAUUCUAUAGUUUCUAUGAGCAAAUCCAAGUGGGAAAGUAAAAGGAAGGUCUUGAUGAGCUUUGGCUGGUCAGAAAGAGAUUUUUUAAUGGCAUUUAGGGCAAGCCCGUUUUUCAUGACUGCAUCUGAGAAGAAGAUGAAACAAUCAAUGGAGUUCUAUCUGACCAAAGCUUGUUUGCAGCUUACUGAUCUUGUUAGACGCCCGCUUCUAUUUAAGAUCAGUUUGGAGAGAACUGUCAUACCAAGAUGUUCUGUCUUGGAAGUGCUAAUGUCGAAGGGAUUGAUUAAUAAGAAUGUAGAUGUUGUUUUGGCAUUAAGCAUGACUAGAAAAAGGUUUGAGGACAAGUUCUUGGCAUGUUUUAAGGAGGAUUGUCCUGAAUUAAUCCAGGCAUACUACGCGAAGACAUUUCAAGGAUUUGGUAAAAAAUGCCUAAGCAUAAAAAGUUUGUAAGCAUUAGGUUUGGAAAAUGUUAGCUCAUCAGAUGAAGUAAGCUUUUAGUUGGUAACAAAUUGUGAUAGUUCAUUCGACGAAGGAAGCUUUUAGCAUAAAAUGCCUAAGCAUCAGGCUUGGAAAAUAUUAGUUAAGCAAUGGUCGGAGCAGUAAGUGCAUCUCAGUUCCCAUGUCAUGUACUUAGUAAGAUCAGCUUGAUCUAUCAUCUUAAGCUUGUUUUCUUCUAACCCUUAAAGAAAAGAGAUUUAUUGCUGAUAAUAUUGAGGCAAAACUUAUGCUGGCAUGUAUUUUCUGAUGGUCAGGUCAAGGUGAUUUUAUAUUUGUCAAUUUGAAACAGAACUUCUGAUUCAUUGCAAAUUGACUUGGAGAGCAUCACCUUCAUUUUAUGCUAAAUUUUCUAGUGAGCUAAUGAUGUUUUGAUAUUCUAAUUCAUCAUCUUGGGCCAUGUCGUAUGUGAAGUCCACUGCAGGUAGAACAAAGCUCUGCAUGUUGUCUAUCCUUUACCAUUCAUUUAAUUUGAGACAAUUCUAUUUCCCAAUCUUCUAUUUCCCUCUGGAAAUCUUCAGAGCACAUUGCUAAUCCAUCAAGCUGGGAUACCAAGUUAUAUAUAUACACUGCUUCAUUUUGUAAAUUUGCAAAAAAUAUCGAGGAUUUAUUUGACAUUAUUGUUGGAAUCAUGGUUAUUAAUAUCCUUGGAACACCCUUUUUUUGGCCCACUAAAUUGAUGAGUUAGGGCAUUGCC